UGCAUGCUGCGGCCAUAUGUUAUAAUCAGUGCCGAUAGUGAAGUGUACGUGAACCAUCCAGCGCUCCAGUCUCAAGCGGAAACCGCUACUUUAAUUUUAUUUUGCUUUUUGAUUUUGAGUAGCAAUGUCAAGAAGAUGUUCGAGAUAAGUACAGGAAGGCUUAUGGCCGUUUUCCUGGUGCUGCUUUUGGCAUGGCAUAGUCACUCCGGUGAUUUGGAUCCCGAAGACGAAAGCAACCCGCAUCGCGACCCAUCAAAAUGCGAAGUCUGCAAGUUUGUGGCACAAGAACUGCAAGAAACCAUGACCGAAACAGGCAAGAAAAAAGAAGUGUUACAGAUUGGACAUCAGUUUGACAAGCAGAAGAAGGAGAUCAAAUACCAUAAGUCAGAGCUUCGUCUGAUCGAGGCCUUGGACGAUGUCUGUGAGAGAAUUCUGCAGUACAACAUACAUGCAGAAAGGGCUUCCUCACGUAGCCCAUCGUUUGCCAAGGGCCAGUCAGAGACCAUGCAGACACUGCGUGGGCUGCAGGCUAAGGGAGUGAAGGUCGACCUGGGUAUGCCUGAUGAUAUGUGGGAAAAGCCCUCAGCCCCUGUUACAAAGAUGAAACAACGUUGCGAGCAGUUGAUUGAGGAGCAGGAAGAUGCCAUUGGCAAUUGGUUCUUCAAGACAAACCAAGAGACUACACUCUUGGACUACCUCUGUGUUCAGAGAGUGCUGACAAAAGACGAACACGGAUGUCUGAAUGAAGUAUGGACGGGCAGUGAAAAGGUCAACUACGACACACAGCCGUCUGAGGGCGUCGACACACCAGACGCAGCAACUCCUCCGUCCGCCACAGAGUCGCUGCCAGCCCCGAAAAAGACCAAAGCCAAGCCUACUGUCAAAAAGACCCGGAGUCGAAAGAAAGUCAAAGCUGGAAAGAGAGGGAAAGGCAAGAAAACACGUUCCACCAGCAAGGUCAAAUCGGCCGCCAAAUCCAGCAAAACCAAGAAGAAGAAGGACGAAUUGUAGGGUUCUCCAUUUUUGGAACAUUUGAUUACCACUCUCAGGAUUGGGUUUUAUAAGCAGACUGUUAUUUGUGAUUGACACUUACAACAUGUUGAAAGGUACUGAAGCAUACAUUUGAUUAAAGAUUUGAAAAUUUCCAACUUUUAGAAUACAGUAUCAAUGAUUAUCCAGAAACACCGAUCUACUUAUCUAAUGAGUUCUUGGUUUUGAAUGUUAGUUGGACAGGAGCCACAUUUUUGGCAAGAAUUUGCCAAGACAGGUGUUGGAGAGGAAGUGUCAAGUUUGUGUUUCUACCGGCAACAAAUCACAGUAACCUUCAGCAGCAGGAUUGCCCUAUAAUUAGCAACUGAUGUGAUGUUAUCCCAGUUGUUGAAUGGGUUUGUGAAAGGCAACAAGGCAGAAUCUGAAAUAAUAAAUACAAAUUUAAUUGGUCAUGCAUCAUCGUUUUGAUCUCACAAACAUGUUUUUGGUCAUGUUCAUGGAACUCACCCCCUUGUAAUCAACAAAUACAUGUAAUUUGAUUUGUGUUAAAAUUACCAUUGAUUCUGUACAGGUCCGAGCAUUGUGCACAAUUCCAAGGUCUGAUAUAACCAUUCUAAAGUUGCUGCACAAUUUGAAGGAAGCAUUCCCAUAUUAACCUUAAUUCCCUUUACAUGUAUGCUUUGUAGAUUUUGUAUAAUUGUUUUAUCUGAAGCUUGCUGAAUCAAAGCAGCUUGUUAAGCGCUUGGAUUAAGUAAAUGGCAACCGAGAUUUCCUGCAUUUUGAGAGAAACAGAAAUUACACUGCUCGAACAUUUCUUGGUGUAUACAGUAUAUCUAAUCUAUUCUUGCAUUUAGGCGGUAUUUUCACCACUGUUGCUUUACAGUUCACUCUUUGUAUAUUUCUGCUUUUGAGUGUUUACAAUUCUUUUUCUGAAAUUUGGACAUGCGUCGGAUGUUUAAAAUAUUGAACCAUGCAUUUUGCACUUAGAUUUAUUUUGUAUUUUUCUAUAAACGCUGUGCAAUAUAUUUUGGUUUUAUGCGGAACAGAGACAUCUGUUUGGCAAUAAGACUAUAUAUAUAUCAUGCCAAUGUGAAGCAUUCACUUGAUAAAACUGGGCUUUGUUUAUCUAAGACGUUUCACAGGUUGUUUGACAUUUGUUUGAAUUUGAUACAGAAUUUGGAUGUCCAUAGAUGGAGAUUUGUCGAAUAGAAUGCAUUGGAUGUUAACUAGAGGGAGAUUCCACUUUGGCAAAUUUUAUCCACAUUUUCUACAGCUAAUCUGCUGUAUGGAAUGAUCAAGAUGUCUUGCAUAUUUCCAUGAUCAAAGUAUUGAUCUUAAAGUUACCUUCCAGCUAGAACAGUCAGUUACAUUACCUGGUACAAACCGGGACAAUGUAUGAUUAAGGCUGUGAAAAAAAACAUGGAAAACUAAUGUUUCAUUUGAACACGACGUAACACCAUGUCUGGAAUGUGUAAAUUUGGGCUAGAACUAAAGUUUGACCACAGUCAACUGCUUUUAGCAAUGUGCAAGUGCAAUACAGCCGCACUUGAAUGCCCAUUGUUGAAUUUUUAUGUAAAAUCUCAUCUUUCACAUUGUGCCGUUGGCUGCAACUCUCACAGUGCACAUGGUCAGUGAUAUCUGCUACAGGUAUUUUUGUGUGAAUGGUUCCCUCUGUACUCAUAAAUUAUAUUUGCUAUUGGUAACCAGUUAAACAGUGUUGAGACCAUGCCUUAAGACCUGGCUCCAAAUCCUCACUUUGAUGGUGCAAACGAUAAUUCUUUCAGGUGCCGGUAGUGUUGGUCAAACUGUAAUCAAUUCAAACACCUCACUUACAUGUACAUAUUCUGUAUUUUGAUCGGCCAAGAGCUUCAGUUACUAUAUUUGCUAUUUUUGCUACAUGCAUCAUUCUUUUUCACUGCUGAAAGAACUUCACCAUAGCAACCAAAUACCCAUAGCAACCAAAGAACUAACAGCAUUGUGUGCAAAUGCAUACUGGUGUUUGCAUUGCAUACAUGAUGAAGUGCUAGCGCUACGGAGCUUCGAUCAAUCAUUUCAGUAGUUUGGAAAAGUGCUUGGAAAUUUUCAACAAAUUUCUUAUUCAAAUAGACAUACCAUUCUUUUACACGCGUUAAUUUUAUCAGUUAUUGCUUUUUUAGUAAAUCAAGUAGAAUUUGCGAAAGAGGUGUUAUAAAAUGAAUAUUGACUGCUUUAUCUCAUAUCUGUGUCCCAAUAACUCAAAGCAGACAGCGUUUGGGUAGCCUACUAUAUACCGUAGUCUACAAUAUACCCUAGUCAUUGCUGGGACUUCCUCUUCACUGAACUUCCAUUUGGAUUGUAUUUGAUGCUGAGAAAUGCACACGAAUUCUGGACACAAGAGGGAGCAAUUUAGUGCUUCGGUUGCAAUUCCACGACCGUUCCAGAGCUACGUUUUGUGAGUUUUUGACUUGCAGAUAUGUGUGUGUUGGAAAAAAGUAAACACACGAUUUAGAAUUUAUUUCAUUUUGAGAAGCUGGGGAGAUGGAAAUUAACAGUUGAUGCUGAAGUGGCUCGUUUGUACUGCUUCAGCUUCAGAGUAAACAGUUUGGGGGUUUACACCCACAUACACAUGCAGGUGGGCUCAGUGUUGUUAAUGAGGUUUACCUAACCACAAUGUGAGCGUGACGAGGCUUGUUUUCUUGUCUUGUAACUGUACGAUCCAUCGCUUGCAUGUGCUCUCUCCAGAUAUAUACAUGUAUGGCUGAUGGACAGUUCACAUAUCGGGACGUUUUGACAUGUAUAUGUGUGCAGAACACAUACUAAUUGUAGGGACUGCACUUGUUUGUGAUGCGAAUGUUGGGGGUGAACAGCCAUGGGUACAUCGUUAUGGGGAUAAUUUUUUUGGUCCCCAAAACUCGGUUGGAACUCUCCUAACAGAAGACAUUGUCCCCUCAACACAAUGAAAGCUUAAUCCAUAUCCACACACGCUGCCUGGCACUAGAAGUAUGGGGACUCCACACGUGUCGAACAGUUGUUACUUCAGGGAGAAAUUAGUUACAGUGACGGAAUUUCAUCCCAACCACUUGGUUCCCUCAAUGUUGGGGCCAACAAGGGCACAGGUUGGUACGUGUCUAGUGUGAGAGGUGACUGAGCACCCAUGAGCCAUUUCUUUUGAAAUGUACGGUCUGCAGACGUGCACCGUGCUCCGAGUUGAAAUGUUUCCAACCAUCUUGUCCCUUCUCUGCUCGUGAGAGGGUACUCCUAGUGAGAGCAGGUGCCACUUAAUAUAAAAAUCUGUCAAAGGUGCUUUUUGAAUAUUUUUGUACAUGAAGAGACAACAAAGACCUUUGAGAGACAUGGUGGAUUCUGAAGUAUUUUGCUGCUCCAUAUUCAGGAAGAUUUCUGUCCAAAUACUCUGUAAUUUGCUUUUAUGCAGAACUGUGAGUGGUAUUUCUGUUUUGUCCACUGGCCAUAAGUACGUUUAUACAUGUAUAUUGCGUAGGAAAGAUUACAGUUGUAAAAAACUACUAUUGAAAUUUUACUUUGGAAGUUUAGCAGCUUCAUUUCAUGCUUACUGUUUCUAAGUGAUAAUAUAUUUCUUAAAAAUUACUUUUUAAAACUCUUGACUGUAAAAUAUGAGUAGUUUCAUUUUUGUGAUGUUUUCAUUUUUUCUGCUCUAAUUUUUGUUUGUAGAAAGGAUUACGUAAUUGUUUUCACCUGAUAACAUAGAAAAUUGAACAAUGAAAUAGUGUUCUGAAGGCUUGUAUGCUGGACAUAGCAGUGUGACGAUGUUUUGUGGUAGUGCCAUGUGAAACACAUGUACCUUCUAUUUUGUGAGGUUUUGAAGAGAACCAGUGAACUUUCCAACAUAUUAAAACCCUUUCCACGUUGGUAUCCGUUUAGUCUUUUGAUGGCUGACAGAGCAUACUGUCCAUAGAGUGAAGUCCACUAGCCUCACUCACAAAAAUAGAUUUCGCAUGGCACUGCCGCAAACCUUAGUCACAUUGAUGCAUUUAGUUAAGAUGUAACAGUAUAAAGAUUUUGGAGUUGUAUUUGAGAUGGUAUUCUUGGAUUGUGUCUCCGACUUGCCAAGUCCAUGCAAUUUUAAAACUUUUAAUUGCAGUCUUUUAGCCAAUGGAGAAAGUCUUUCGUGAGGGAAAACACAAGUUGUAUGCAAAGUUUACCUUUGUCUGUUGCAAAUUGUUUUUAAGACCCCACAGGGUUCAUAUCUUUAACUCCUGGAAUUGUCCAUGAAUUUUAGUCGGCAUAGUGAAGAAGAAAGGGUAUUAAGGAAGCACAGUGACUAGAGUUUGUAGGAUAUUGGAGUCGGUUGAGGCAGGGAAACGUCGAUCAGUUUGGUAGAUGCAGUUGUAAAAAAAUGGCCAACAAGAAAUCUGGAAAUGAAUAUUCUAGGACUAGGGCUAUUAAGGGAGUGGUAUUGAGGCACACGUUUACAAAGGUGGAUACAUUGGGCGUGGAAAUGUUGACUUGGCAUUAGUGGAACUGCAUAAAUACUUAGCGGAAGCUUUCUUGAAAAAAUAUUGAAGACUAUCUUUAAUAUAAUUGCUGAAGUGGUUAAAAGUACCUUGCAUGACUGAUAAUUAUAAUGGCAAAAUGUUUUUUUAAACACAUUUAGUAACAGUUUAUGUAGUUUAUAGGUAAAGGAAGAGAACCUUAUGCAGAGUAAUUUUAUCUGAAAAGCAGAGAAAAGUGUUUCCUUUAAAGCUUAAACUUGCUAGUAGAGCUUUAUGCAGAAAACCAUUUUAAGAUUACAGGAAGUGGUCUUCAAGUACUAGUAUUAAUUGACUGAACAGCCGAACAUGUUCUGAAUAAUAAAAAUCUGAGUAAACACUUUAUCAUUUGCAUGUAAUCAGUGGUCCCUGGAAAAGCAAGGGCCACAGUAGCGAACACCUGUGCAGAAACAGGUUUGAAAAUUUUUUAUUUGCUUUGUGUAAUUGCGAGCUUUGGCAGUGGAGUCUGUGUAGGCUUUAUGCUGUACUGUAGAUGGCUGGGUAAGGCCUGCUCAAGAGAGCUUGGGAAGAGUGAUCACAUAAAAGUACCUGCAUGCGAAUUGUGCAGAGUGCUUUUCAUUUUCGUUUGAAUGCGCACAAAAUGUCUAAUAAUGUUUACCUUUUUACUGCUGAUGGCAGGGUAGACAUUGAGCCCAAACAUCCCCUUGUAACUUCUCUGAAAGCUUACUGUGUAUUUCAUCUAGUUGAGAAUGCAGGUAUAUUCAAGGGAACAGGAGAUUGCAAAAUCUGGACAAUUAUGAUGGACUUCUGUUGAAAAAUUGUACUCUCCUCCUCGAACAGGCUUAGAUAAUUAGUAGUAGGUUGAUUUCCAAUAUAAUUAAGAAAUGCUGGUAUGUGUUGUCGGUCACAAGGGAAGAUUUUGUAAUCUUAUGUAAAGAAAAACAUUCAUAUUUUUGAAUCUGUAUAAAAUAGAUGCACAACAUACUAUAUUGGCAAGUAUCCAGUAUGGUUUUACCACCUUGACCCAAAAAAUGCAAUUUAUAUCAAACUGCAAAUAUCUUAUAUUUGUACAUGUGCAUAUAGUAACAAAAUAAUCACUUUUUGCCCAGCUAAGGUUCUUACGUACGAUACAUGUACUUGGGUUGGGUUGCACGUAUGGCACAUCUUCAUCAAAUUAAGGAAUAUAAGAACUGAAUUAAAGAGAGAGAGCCUGUGAAACUGGGACAGGUACAUGUAACAUCAAGCCUUUUUAUGGUAGUACACAUCUGUAAACAUUUCCCCAUUUCUUUUUUGGUUCUUGCCAAUUUAAAAAGAAGUGAGCGUCAAAAUAAUGUCUCCGUAUUGGAGGGGUCUAUCUGACUUUAGUUUUGGGACUUGGCCAAAAUGGGAAGGCCAGAGGUCGUUAACACACCAUAUGCACGAACUGUUCCAAUGGUGGGCAUCAUAUCACAUUUCUUCACAAACAAUUUAGUUGGGUUUGCCCUUUAGGAAGUAGU